UGUAUAUAUAAGGCUCCACAUCCUCAAUUCUUUAUCCUUUACAACCACCCACAUAAAAGGGAAAAGAAAAAAAAAAAAAAUACUAGCCAAACAAAGGCCAUUCAAUUAAACUUACAAAGAUCUACAAAGAAGAAAAAAUGAUUCAUGAACUCCUAGGAGGAGCUGGCCUUAUUGGAGGAGAGAGGAAAUUUUCCAUCAAUGGAACAAUUUUAGAAGGAACAACUUCUCCUUCUCCUUCAUUGUCUCCUUCUUCUUCAACCACAUCUGCAUCAACCACAAACACUACUGCUACUGCAACUGCUGCUAAUUCAUCUUCAGAGAACCUGAGAUGCCCUAGAUGUGAUUCUUCAAACACUAAGUUCUGUUACUAUAAUAACUAUAAUCUCACUCAGCCUCGUCAUUUCUGCAAAACCUGUCGCCGAUAUUGGACUAAAGGAGGUGCACUUAGGAAUGUUCCAAUCGGCGGUGGAUGCAGGAAGAACAAGAGCACUACUGUGUCUACAUCUGUUGGAAAAUCAAGCACCGGGAAGAUGAAAACAGUGGCGUCUGAGAUUGGAAGAUCGGGAUUUGGAAAUGGGUUUGAUCAUGAACUUCCAUCAAGUCCAAUUAUGUGGGCUUCACCUCAGAAUUCUCAUAUUUUAACCUUACUUAGAGCUACCCAUAACUCUAACCCUAACUCCAGUACCCUGUCUAAUUCUCUUGCUGUGAAGGAGGAAGGGUGUAUGAUCGGAACCUACUUGAUAGGUGAGCCUACAGUUGCAACCGGUGCACUAAAUGCUCGAACCUUGGGCUUGGACCCUCUGGCUCAAGUCCCUUCUCUGGGUCUCUGCAGUCCUUUUUGGAAAAACAGCCAACACCAAGCUCAACAGCAACAACAGACUGGCUUCAUUGCUUGUGAAGCCCAAAACUCAGGGAUUCAAGAAUUGUAUCAAAGACUCAGAUCAUCAACUAAUUACUAUUGCGAUAGCUCAACUGUACCUCUAGGCAAUUUGGCUUCUUCUUCAACUGCAGCUUCAACUAUUUUGGAGUCUUCUCCUGUUGCUGGAGGCGAAUUGGGUUACUGGAAUCCAACGUUUUCAUGGUCUGAUCUGCCAACAACCAACGGUGCAUAUCCUUGAGAACCCUUUCUUUAUUUUCAUGUUUUUUUUUUUAAUUUUGAUUGCUUUCUUAGGUUUCCUUCAUAUGUUAGGGUGGUUGUGGGUAUAUGGAUAUGGUCGUAGAACAGACUUUCCUUUUCAUUUCCUUCUGAUUUCUUAAUUAUUGUGUGGUUAACUUGUGACAAUGUAUCAAGUACCAAGAAUCAGUAGAAAUGGAAAAUAUUAGCUGCUUUAAGUGCC